ACGGAUGCAGCCACAGAGGGUUCGGUUCUCCUCCUAGACGCCGUUGGUGCCGUUUUGUGUUUGGAUCGCGGUCAGCUUCCUCAACACAUCGACGCGAUGCGAGAUGUUCAUCUGAACAAUGGGACCUGCGGGAACGAGUCUGUGCUCAGGUUGUGGUGUGGUGCUCAGUCAUCAGAGUGUUGGCUCUCAGCGUCUUCCUCACACCUGAACAAGACAGAUGUGCAGGUAAACACUACAUACAACAUGUACAACAUGUGGCUGGGCCUGACUCUGGCUCUGCUGUCAGCCUUUUUGAUUGGUGGAAGCGUCAUUCUCAAGAAGAAAGCUCUGCUUCGAUUGGCCAGGAACGGACACACCAGAGCAGGUGACGGAGGUCAUGGCUACCUGAAGGACUGGCUGUGGUGGGGAGGCCUGUUAACCAUGGGAGCCGGGGAGGCCUGUAACUUUGUGGCCUACAUGUUCGCACCAGCCACAUUGGUGACACCUCUGGGAGCCCUGAGCGUCCUCAUCAGUGCCGUUCUGUCCUCCUACCUGCUGGGGGAAGUGCUGAACCUGCUGGGGAAGCUCGGCUGCUUCCUGUGUGUGCUGGGCAGCAUCCUGCUGGUCAUUCACGCGCCAGAGGAACAGGAAGUGACAUCACUGCAGGACAUGACCAAUAAGCUGCUGGAGCCAGGUUUCCUGGUGUACGCGGCGGCUGUGCUGGUUCUGUGCAUUUUGCUCGUGCUCUACGUGUGUCCUCGUUUUGGUCGUUCCAACAUCCUAGUCUACAUCAGCAUCUGCUCCCUGCUCGGCGCCUUCACCGUGUCGUCUGUGAAGGGCCUGGCCAUCGCCAUCAACACCGCUUUUCAUGACACCUCGGUGUUUGCUAAUCCACUCACCUGGAUCCUGCUGCUAGUGCUAGUGGUCUCCAUAGUAACACAGGUGAACUAUCUGAACAAGUCCUUGGACACGUUCAACACGCUGAUGGUCUACCCCAUCUACUACGUCCUCUUCACCUCUGUGGUUCUGUCCACCUGCAUCAUCCUCUUCCAAGAGUGGAGGAGCAUGGCUGCUGUGGAUGUAGUUACCACACUGGGAGCCUUCCUGGUCAUCGUGGUGGGCGUCGCCAUGCUGCACCUGUUCAAAGAGCUGCAGGUGACGCUGAAGGAGCUGACCCGUCAGCUGUCCCAGCCGGUGGAGGAGGGUCCAGCUGGCGUCUCGGCAAGAGGACGGAGGAAGGAGAAGGAGGACAAGUACGGGCUGAUGGACAACGUGGUGAUAGAGAGUCUGCCUCCGAUGAGGGAGGAAGGACCCAGAGUCUUCAUCAUCAGCUAGAACCAAGGUCCAUUUCAAGGCCGUUGUUCUGACAAUGAAUCCUGAUGACUUGAGCAUCACAGCUUGGAAACCACUUCAGUAACUUGUAGUGUUUUUGUCUUGGAUAUGGUUCUUUUAAGAAAAUUCCAGUUGUACCAAACCGCAUCACUUAAACCACUGAGAACUGGGUCUCAUCUCAUAAAGUCUUGCGGAUUGCUGACCCGGACCGUUUAUUGCUCUGCUCUUUCCUGGGAUUCAUUGACAGAAAGACAAAGGUUUCGGGUUCUGCUUUCUUUCACCCACAAACUAUAUUGACUUAUGGAUUGAUAGUUCCUUAUAAAUUCAUCCUAGUUGUGGUUGAGUGAGGUCAGUUCUGGCUACUUUAUUACCUACUGACACCGGUUUGGUUCUGUUUUUCCUCUGAGCUGACAACUGGAGUCUGUGAUGUAGCACCACACAGAACCAAGCCAGCAUUUUAAAAGUAUUGAACUGAUUCCUGACGCUUGGACAUGGCGGUGGCAGCACGUCACAGUGGCCUGCAUCAUCACCACGGUACUGAUCCGGUUCUAAAGGGUCGCCAGGCAUCGCAUCUCCUGAUGUGGUACUAGUGGACUGAACUGUUUGUGUGCAGCUGCUGAAGACUCGUCUAUUUAUGAAGCUCAUUGGGUCAAACAGAACCAUGUCCAGUUGCAGUGUUCUGGACAAACGUUUUAGAUCAAUCGUCGUCAUUUCAAUAAAGAACUGAGUCAUUCCAUCACUGAGACGAAUGAAUUUUUGUGCUGUUACUGUUUCUGCUGUUAGAAACGUUUCAGAAGACUCAAGAGACAAACCUCUGUCCUCCUCUAUGCUCCUCUCCUCUCUGCAGUGCAUGCUGGGAGCGUGGUGAGACCGCAGGUGUUUGAAUAGGUGUGGAGGGGGUGGAGCAUGUGGAGUUGGUGAAUAUGCUAGGGGUGUUUCUGGACACAUUUCUAUCGUUUUUUCUUUGGCAAAAAGGUAAUUAAACUUGUUUUUAACUUCCCUCCAGGGGGAAGGUUCACCUCCUCUGUCCAUGUGACAUGGGGUUGGGGUUGCUGCAAACCCGUGCUAUAUAGAGGAAGUAAAGGUCGUAACAAGGUUUCUGUAGGUGAAGGAUCAUUAUUGGAACUUGUUUUGGCAAUAGGGGAACAGAUCGGCCACCUCUCGAAUGAGCGGCACCGUAGUGGUGACAUCAGAAAAGAGGCUCUGGUUCAUAAGCUGGUAGAAAGUGUACUGGUACUUGAGGGUGAAUAUGUGACUGUGUCACCACUGUUUGUUCUUUCCACCCAUGUUACUGUCUACUACUACUGUAAUGGAAAAUUGUUUCUUCCUUAUUCUAUGUGGUUAUUAUGAUUUAUGUUCUGCAAUUAAUAUCAUGUUUUGUCUUCCUCUGUUUUAUGCAUUGGACAUUUCACCUACAUUGUUCAAUGGUUGUCUUUGCCUGACUCUGAACUCUAGCCCCCAAACCCAAGGCCGAGAGUUGUGUCUCUGUCUGUUGAGACUUAGCGCUCCUUCCUUUCUGAUAUUCAGGCGCCAGUGAUGCAGAUGUGAGAAUGUAAACAUCUCCACACACACGGCGACAGCGAUGAAAGGGUGCAUUGAGGAUCGUGGGCUCUUUGCAUCACACCUUCGUGGUGUGUGCUCUGAUCUCCAAGCUGGUUUUUGGUUUGUUGAUGUGCAUGAUCAACAUCCAUGUUUUUGAUUUGCUUUCCCCAUUAUUUUUUAUU